ACUCCCGUGCGCCCCUCCCCGCGAGCCCCUCCCCGCUCGCCCUACAUCCAGCGCCUGGCCGAGGGGGCUCAGUCCGCAGUCGCCGCUGUCGCCGCCGCGCUUUGGCCUCGGAGCUGGCAGCGGCCACUGGUGCCGCCUAGACAGCUGCGCGGGCAACCGGUAGCUGUUUUUAGCUGUGUCCAGCCCUUCGGGAACACAUCCUGUGUGAGUCUCGGGAGGUUGUCUGAGGUUGCCUGGUACUUGCUGUAUAUACUAAGCUGCCCUUGAAAUUGUGGUAACACUCCCAUCUCUGGCUUCCACGUGCUAGAAUUAUAGGUCCCUCCAGCUAUAAGGUGGGCACCAUGUCUGAGAAGUUCGACUGUCACUACUGCAGGGACCCCUUGCAGGGGAAGAAGUACGUGCAGAAGGAUGGCCACCAUUGCUGCCUGAAGUGCUUUGACAAGUUCUGCGCCAACACCUGCGUGGAAUGCCGCAAGCCCAUAAGUGCUGAUGCCAAGGAGGUGCACUAUAAGAAUCGCUACUGGCACGACACCUGCUUCCGUUGUGCCAAGUGCCUUCACCCCUUGGCCAGCGAGACCUUUGUGUCCAAGGAUGGCAAGAUCCUGUGCAACAAGUGUGCCACUCGGGAGGACUCCCCCAGGUGCAAAGGGUGCUUCAAGGCCAUUGUGGCAGGAGACCAGAACGUGGAGUACAAGGGCACCAUCUGGCAUAAAGACUGCUUCACCUGCAGCAACUGCAAGCAAGUCAUUGGGACCGGAAGCUUCUUCCCUAAAGGGGAGGACUUCUACUGUGUGACUUGCCAUGAGACCAAGUUCGCCAAGCAUUGCGUGAAAUGCAACAAGGCCAUCACAUCUGGAGGAAUCACUUACCAGGAUCAGCCCUGGCAUGCCGAGUGCUUUGUGUGUGUUACCUGCUCUAAGAAGCUGGCUGGGCAGCGUUUCACCGCUGUGGAGGACCAGUAUUACUGCGUGGAUUGCUACAAGAGCUUUGUGGCCAAGAAGUGUGCUGGAUGCAAGAACCCCAUCACUGGGAAAAGGACUGUGUCAAGAGUGAGCCACCCAGUCUCUAAAGCUAGGAAGCCCCCAGUGUGCCACGGGAAACGCUUGCCUCUCACCCUGUUUCCCAGCGCCAACCUCCGGGGCAGGCAUCCGGGUGGAGAGAGGACUUGUCCCUCGUGGGUGGUGGUUCUUUAUAGAAAAAAUCGAAGCUUAGCAGCUCCUCGAGGCCCGGGUUUGGUAAAGGCUCCAGUGUGGUGGCCUAUGAAGGACAAUCCUGGCACGACUACUGCUUCCACUGCAAAAAAUGCUCCGUGAAUCUGGCCAACAAGCGCUUUGUGUUUCAUAAUGAGCAGGUGUAUUGCCCUGACUGUGCCAAAAAGCUGUAACUUGACAGGGGCUCCUGUCCUGUAAAAUGGUAUUUGAACCAUGCUUUGUGUCCUUUGCUCCCUCCCUCCCUCCCUCUGUACCAUCCGUAGGGGAGGAGUGGGGUUUCACCUCUUUAAAGUUGCUCCUUCUGUCUUGUCUCCCAUUUUACAGUAUUAAUCAACCAAGGGCACACAGUGAUCAUAUUAGGAAUUAGCAAAGAGCAACCUGGCAGCAAAAAUAAUUUCUCUGUUGCUGCAGUGGAAAAACAGAAACAAAAAACAAAAAACAAAAAAAAAAAAACUUAGAUUGACUCUUCUGCAUGUUUCUCAUAGAGCAGAAAAGUGCUAACCAUGUAGCCACUUGAUGAUGUAAGCAAGAAGCAUAGGUGAUAAGGCUCCCACGGAGAGGCCUUUCAGGGCUCAUCUGGGACCCACUGUGCGGUCACAUGACUGAUGAGCAAGAGUUGAGCGGCUGCUCCAACUCGCUGCCCUCCUUAUUCUGGGAGCAGUAAAGAACUUGCCAGAAUGCAUGGCUGAACUUCAUCAAAACUCUGACCUCCCUUCUGUUCUUUUGUGCUUUCACAUGACUAACACGAAUUUCCAGAAAAUUAACAUUUUGAACUUAGCUGUAAUUCUUAACUGACUUUCCCCCAUACUAACUAACGUUUGACUCCCCCACGUGGCGUGUUCUCUGAGUGUUCCUCCUUUAAAGCAUGGAACACACAGGUGAUUUGGAAAGUCUAAGAAGAUCUGAGAAACAAGCCUGUCUCAGAACGACACCGUCACAGUGACUACUUCCGGAAGUGUAACAAAACUAACCCUCCUCUUCUUUUUAAUUUUUUAAAAAAAUUGUUUUGUUUUAAUAGUAAAAAUAGUUUAUGGGUUUGGAAACUUGCAUGACAAUAUUUGAGCCUCCUCAGACGUUCCUGCAGUUUUGAGAUUCAUCCUAUAGAAGAGACAAAAACUCUAGAGGGCCAGCUGAGCAGGCACAGGGCUGUCGUCAACAAGAUAGAACAUUUCAAAAUCGGGACAAGUUGAAUCCCUUGUAACAGAGUUGUCUGCCCUUUGUCUGUGUUCGAGACUGCAAAGUCCUUUAUCUUGUGAUUCUUAGAACUUUCCCUCAAGAGUUUAGUGGGUCUCGGGGGCUGUUGGGGGUGGUUUCCCACCUCCUGCCUCUCUGAAAUGCAGGAUACCUACUUAACUGUAUUCUCCAUUAUGAUAUUACAUAUAUAAAGAGACAAUAUCAAAGUAAACAUGUAAUGAAAAUACAGAUUCAUAUAUUACUGUAGCAGUGGUUGUAGAUGCCGACACCUCAUGUCCACAUUUUGUCAUUAGCUGUUUCCAUCGAAAGUUUCAGUGUAUCCUUACAAAAAUAAAGCAGCUAGAAAGAA